UCUUCGUCGUAUUUUUUUGACGAAUUCCUUUUUAAAUCAUUGUUCAUUUUAAUUUCCUUUCUCCUCUUUUGCACUUUAUCUUUCAGGCAAAGGUAAUCUAUUUCUCUCUUCGUUGGCUCACUUGAAUUCAUAUAUACAGAUGACUGUCUAAGUGCAGUCAGUGCUUUGGAGCAAACACUUGUGGGCUUUACUUACGAAUGAUCACGUGAAGGAAUUGUACUUGUUGCUCGUUAUAAGUGCAAUAUAUAUAUAUAUAUAACAACUCCAAGUAUGGGCCAAAGGGGUUAUUGCAGCUAUCGCUUAGACUUGACAAUAAGUCCAGAUCAUGGGAUUGAGGAAUGGCUGCACUCUGACAGAGUCGACUAUAAGCUGCGAUGUUAAUCAGCCACAAUUUCGCCACCAAUAAUUUUUGAAAUUAGUUAUUUUACAGUUCGCAUUUAUUCGCCGAUGUCUCGAUUAGAAGCAGAUCUUUCAAACAAAGAUAUGACGUUGCUGGAAGAAAGACGUAACAUUGCAAAGGCAAUUGUGCUAGGAGCUAAUAGCGAGGAAUUGAUGCGAGAUUGGAUCCAAUAUGAUGGACGCAACUAUGAACGGUCGCCAUCAGUGGUUGCGGCCUUAACAGAUAGCAGCGGUAGCACUGGUGGAGGAAGGGAUAACAGUGAAACUGUGAGUGUUGAAGUGAACCAAUCAUCCGCUCGGACAUCGCCUAUGGGUCGUCCACCGAACAGUCGACCACUGUCUCUUGUUUCGACGUCAGCCUCGUUCCCAGCUAGAGGAAGUAAUGACUAUCUAAACUAUGACAACAUUUUGACCCCACCUGAAUGUUUCCUUGAGCGGAGACAGCUUUUGAUAGAUGCGCGCAAGCGUUGGCUCGAGAGUGUUGUGGGUCAACAAGGGGUGGAACGGGUAGAGGCAGCGAUUUCUGCAGCAGGCGGACCGAGUGGAGCAGGAACGACGACGCAUGCACUAGGGUACGGGGCAGGAGGACACCGCCGGGGCUGAAAGAGGGCUUGGAAUUUGUGUUGUUUUUGAAAAAAUAAUAAAACUUACAUCUGCUGAC